AUGUCUUUGUUGUCGGUUGUUCCAGUUCUGGUGCAUCUCUUGUCUGCCAUCAGCACCGUCAGGCUCUACAUCCCCAAAGACCUUCGGCCUGUGGACAACAGACAGAGUGUUCUCAAGUCCAUACAGGAAGUUCAGAAGCGUUUUCCUGAUGGCGUUCCUUUGUUAGAUCCUAUUGAUGAUAUGGGCAUUCAGGACCAAGGACUGAAAAAAGUCAUUCAGAAAGUAGAAGCUUUUGAGCAUCGGAUGUAUUCACACCCACUUCACAAUGAUCCAAAUUUGGAAACCGUGUAUACACUUUGUGAAAAAAAAGCACAGGUAUGGCAGAAAUAAUCUUUCUUAAGAUUAUUUAUUUGUAUUU